AUGACUGCAAAGACGCGGCGUCACUUGACAUUGAAAUUCAUCGCCAAGACCUUGCAAACCAGAGCUUCAAAGUCGCCCAGCCCACCUUUGAUUCGAUUCCGACACAACCUCAACCGUGCGUAUCGAACAUCAGCCACAAUGCUUUUCUUCAGUUUCUUCAAAACUCUCGUAGAUCACGAGGUAACAAUCGAGCUAAAAAACGACCUCUCCAUCCGCGGUACUCUCAAAUCGGUAGACCAGUUUUUGAAUAUCAAACUAGACGAGAUCCAAGUCGUCGACGAGGUCAAAUAUCCACAUCUUUCUGCCGUCAAAAACGUCUUCAUCCGUGGAUCUGUUGUUAGAUACGUUCAUUUGCCGGCCAAUGCUGUAGACACGGCACUAUUGGAGGAUGCUACAAGAAGAGAAGCUGCAGCACAAGCGAACAAGGCGAAAUAA